UGUAUUCCAAAGCUAUCGUGUCCCUUGCUUUCCUAGCUAUAGCGAUUGCUAAUGUGCAACCCCAAAUCGACGUCCAGAUGCCUAUCAGCCCACGUUCUACUCCGUUCGAGACUCGUGUGGUUGGAGGUUCCGGAGCACCAGCAGGACGUUAUCCAUUCAUAGUUUCUCUUCAAAGAGGCGGAGAACACUUUUGCGGAGGAUCCAUCUACAACGAAGGAACAAUUUUAACAGCAGCACAUUGUGUUGACAAAAUUAGGAAUCCAGCUGUUCUUACUGUCAGAGCUGGAAAGAAUAUUCUUUACACUCGGGAAGCUUCUGAACAAGCAGUUGGUGUGCAAAGAAUACACAUACAUGAAAAUUAUAGAGGUGAGGUUCUCCCAUAUGACGUUGCUGUACUUAAGCUUGCAUCUCCAUUGAAGUGGACAAAUAUGGUACAACCCAUCGAAUUAGCACCUCCAGGAAGUGAUCCAACUGGCGUGGCUUGGCUUUGUGGAUGGGGCUCUACCUCGACUACUAAUGUUCCAAUAAUGCCAACUAAACUUCAACAUGUUCAGAUGGAGUACGUCGAUCGCGUAACUUGCGACAGGGCCCUCAGUAGAUCGAUGGGAAUUUCUCGUUCUAGUGUUGAUGAAACCAAUGUUUGCACUGGGCCAUUGAACAAACAAAUUUCUGGAUGCAACGGUGAUUCCGGUGGUCCACUUGUCUCCUAUGUAGGAGGAAAACCGUAUCAAACUGGAAUUGUAUCCUGGGGUAUUAAUCCGUGUGGUUACCCAGGCGCGCCAUCCGUAUUCACUAGAGUAUCUAGUUAUAAUAAUUGGAUUAUACAAAAAAUACUGAUGGCUUGUCAGCGUACAGAUGCGCCUGACGAAACAAGUAUAAAAUGCAGCCAAUUUACGGGAUUGUCAUCAAACAGCAAAAUGUAUUCCAAAGCUAUCGUGUCCUUUGCUUUCCUGGCCAUGGCGAUCGCUGAUAUACGAAUCGGCCACAAUAUGCCACGUGUUCAGCUGCCUCAUACUCGUAAUUUUGAGACUCGUGUGGUUGGAGGUUCCCCAGCACCAGUUGGACAAUACAAAUUUAUAGUUUCCCUUCAAUAUAAAGGCUUACACUUUUGCGGCGGAUCCAUUUUAAACAAAGAUGUCAUUAUAACUGCAGCACAUUGUGUUAACGCAAUUCCUAAUUUAAGUGAUACUACCGUCGUGGCUGGAAAGUACAGUCUUAAGAUUAAAGAGACUACCGAACAGACAGUCAAUGUGUCGAAAACAGUCGUACAUCUCAAAUAUAGAGGUGAAGUUGGCCCGAAUGACAUUGCUUUGCUUAAGCUUGCAUCCCCAUUGAAAUUGAACAAUGACGUACAGGCUAUCGCAUUACCACAAGCAAACAGUGAACCAACUGGAGUGGCAUGGCUUAGUGGAUGGGGCUCUAUCUCGAGUAUUAAUUCUCCAGUAAUGCCAUCUAAACUUCAACAUGUUCAGAUGCAGUUCCUCGAUCACAUAGCUUGCGACAAAGUCAUGACUAAAUUUUUGGGAUUUCCUUCUCCUGUUGAUGAAACCAAUAUAUGUACUUCGCCAGGGAAGAAACCACUUUCCGCAUGCAGCGGUGAUUCCGGCGGUCCACUUAUCUCGAUUGACGGAGGAAAACAAAUACUUCAGGGAAUAGUAUCUUGGGGUGUUGUACCAUGUGGUGUCCUAAACUUGCCAUCCGUAUAUGUUAAGGUAUCCCAUUUCAUUUCUUGGAUUGAACAGAACAUCAAAAAUUGACGAAGGCAAUAUUAACGAUGUAUGAAUGUAUAAUACUGAAUAACGAAUUAUUACACAUUAUUUAACGUGUAAAAUAAAUAUCCAGCAUAAAUU